AUGACAGAUAAUUGCGUUUAUUGCAUGUUAUGUCCCAUACUAAAUAUUUCUGCACUUUUCAGCGAUAUAAUUUACGCACGUUGCGAACACCAACAGCUUAGAGAGAAACAGAAGAAAUGGGCAACAAUUUAUGGAAAAUUUCUGCAUGUAGUAUUUGUCGUACAGUUGAUAACGUUAACAAUGCAGAGAUUUGAAAUAGACGAUGAUCCAUUGUUUUGUAGUCCGCCCGAAAAGGUAGCAGGAAGCAGUUUGAACAAUCUAUUCCUUUCGAGCAUGGUUUAUCUUGCAGGCAGUGCCACGCUGAUAAUGCUUCGUACUGGCACAAAAUAUAAAUUAUCUCUCGAUUUAAGAAUUUCAGACCGUAAAUUGCUAAAGUUUCGAGUGCUAAAUAAAGGACAAUCUUAUCUUCGCAAGUGGAUCUCAAAUGACAGGACAGUGAUAUCAGCCUUACAACAAUCUGAGAGUACUGACAAUCAUCACAUUAAGGUAUCUGACUUAACGAAGGCUUUAGGUUUUAAUUGGAGCACUAAGGAGGAUAUAUUUUACUUCGUGUUGUGUAAAUUCUCUAGUCAACCACCUACAAAGCGUACUGUAAUUUCAGACAUCGCACGACUAUUUGAUCCAUUGGGUUGGUUAGCACCAGUCACAAUCAAGGCCAAAAUGAUGCUCCAACGCCUUUGGACAAUUGGAACAACAUGGGAUGAAUUGCUACCUACAGUCAUUGCAGAACAAUGGAAAGGCUUUAGGGCUGAACUUCAAACAUUAACAGAAAUAAAAAUACCACGUCAUGCUAUUGACAGAAAAUAUCCACUUCAACUGUAUGGGUUUGCUGACGCAUCUGAACGAGCUUAUGCUGCUGUCGUAUACAGCAGGCAACAUAUUCAGGGAGAAGUUGUAAUCAAGAUACUCUGUGCAAAGACUAAAGUGGCUCCAUUAAAGGUUGUGACUCUUCCUAGAUUAGAACUCUGUGCUAUACAACUCUUAGCUAAGCUAAUGCAUCGAGUGAAUCAACAAUUGCAAAUAAAUAAAGAAAACAUUUUCGCUUGGUCAGAUUCAACUAUAGCUUUGUCUUGGAUUAAAAGUGAGCCUAGAAAUUGGAAAACUUUCGUGGCAAACCGAGUAAGUGAGAUUCAGACUUAUCUUCCUCCACAACAUUGGAAGCACGUUAAAUCCAAAGAUAAUCCUGCAGACUAUGCGUCACGUGGGCUUAACCCAGCUACGUUAAACUCGUGUGAUCAAUGGUGGAAUGGACCAAGGUUUCUUUACGAUGAGAAACUAACUUGGAAGUUUCUGCUUCAUUCGAGCAUUAAUCUCUUGAUAGCUCAAAUUCGACAACUGUUCUGGAUUCCGCAUACUCGAACUUCAGUAAAGAGGUAUACUAAAGACUGUAUUGCUUGUUUUCGAGAUCGAGCUUUGGAAGAAAGUCAACAAAUGGGCGUCCUUCCACAAUAUCGUGUUCAACAACUGCGACCUUUUUCGAAGGUUGGAAUAGAUUACGCAGGACAAUUUCCUAUUAAGGUGUCACAUGGAAGAACAACAAAACACUGGAAAUCAUAUUUAGCGUUAUUUAUCUGCAUGGCUACAAAAGCAGUCCAUCUUGAGGUCGUAAGUGACUUAACAACUGCAGCUUUUAUAGCAGCUUUGAGAAGGUUUACUUCAAGAAGAGGUAAGCCCACUGAUAUAUUUAGUGACAAUGGCACAAACUUUGUCGGUGCUAACAAUGAGCUUCGGGAGUUACUGCAAUUUUUGAAUAAAGACAGUACUAAACAGGAAGUUGUUUCAACUAGUUGUAAUCAAGGUAUAAACUGGCACUUUAUUCCUCCUCAUUCCCCACAUUUUGGCGGAUUAUGGGAAUCAAAUAUCAAAUCUGCUAAGAAGCAUAUGAGACGGAUCAUAGGCAAUCAAAUUCUUACUUAUGAAGAAUUAACCACUGUAUUUAAUCAAAUUGAAGCUUGUUUGAAUUCGCGACCUCUGACACCAAUCAGUGAAGAUCCAAAUGAACUAUCAGCAUUAACUCCAGCGCACUUCCUUCUUGGGGAAGCCCUAACUUCUUUACCAGAACCUGAUCUUCAGCAUAUUAAGUUGAAUCGAUUAUCCCGAUGGCAGCAGUUGCAUUUCUUGAAACCUUGUCCUCCAGUGAAAGACAAUUUUGUGACAACUUCUCAAAGACUCGCUUCUUUAUCUUUAACAACUUCUUCUAUCUUGAUAAAAUCUUCAGUUGGUAAAACUCGUUGUCCUUUACAUCUACUACAACUGCAAUAA